UUUGUUUUGUCAAUUGGCGGAAGUUCAACACUAUAUACAUUUCGGGUUGUGCAGCAGAACAGUGUUGGGCAACCCUUGCCCUUGCGCUUGGUCUGGUUCUGGUUCAGUGUUUUUCAACCGUUGCAAGGAUGACAUCGAGAAUGUAGUAGUCCUCACACAUUUUCCUGAAAACCAAAAAGCAAGCAAGCAAGCAAGCGUGAGAAAAGGAAGAGAGAUGUCGCGACUUUUGAUGGCCGCCACGGCCGCCCGACUCCAAAGCGGAAUGUCCGGCAGCGGAAAACUGUUGUUCAACGCAACCCGUUAUCUGUCCGCUGGUAAGAAGGCGCCACCCCCGCCGCCGAAGGCCCCCCCACCAAAGGCAAGCAAGCCGAGCACGGCCCCCAAGUGUAAGCCGGUGCCUCCCCCGAAGCCGAAGCCGGGCUUCUUCCCCAGCGGCGGGAUGCACGCCGUCUUCAGCGAUCUACCGAAGCCCGAGGGCGACUUUAUGAAGGAAUGGUCGGCGAAGAACUCCAAGUACUCCAUGUUCAUGCUCAGCGGACUGUUGGCAUUGAUCGGCUCUAUAUACCUGUCGUAUAUGACGCUGGAAUUGUACGCCGGCGUGCCCGAAUAUCCCUACACCGAGGAGGAGAAGGAGGAGUUUGAAAUCGAGGAGGAGCGCCUCCAGGAGGAGAAGGAGGCCCGCGAGCAGCGCCACCAGGAUGCAGUAGAGGCCAGGGAGGUCGCCAUGCGCGCUCGCUUGGCCAAAGAGGCCAUGGUCCGCGAGUCGGAGCUGAUGAACAAGGACAUGGAAGGGGGCCUCGACGACAAGGAGGCGGCGGAGCUGCAGAAGCUGGCCGUCGAACGCGAAGCCUAUGCCGAGUGGGAGAAGGAGGAGGCAAAGCGUCGCGAGGAGAAGUUGAAGGAGCGCGAACAGAUCGCGAAGGAAAAGGCCAAGGUCAAGGCCGAGCGCGACAAGGAGCGCGACAAGAAGCGCAAGGAGCGGGAGAAGCUGCUGGAAAAGGAGGAGGCGGAGCGUGAGAAGGCGCGCGAAAAGGCCCGCAAGGAGCGCGAGAAGUCGCGCAAGGAGGAGGAGAAAGUGAAGGCGCAGGAAAAGGCCGAAAAAGAGAAGGCCAAGAAGGCCCUAACGGCAUAAUCUGUCUGUCACAUCCACCUAAGACCCACACACACACUUGCCACAAACCGCACUUAUAUUUUGUUAGUUUUUCCCCGAACCACAGGAAAAUCAGCUGUGAAAAUGUCUUUGGCAUCCACAAAACCCCACAUACACUGAAAUACACUUGCUGUUGUUGUUGGAACUGCAAACACACCCCACACCCAGGUAUUCGAUAUGCGAUACAAGAACUACCAAUAUUACACACACUUUUCAAAUGAAUUUGAGCAAAUGUUUAAUAAAAACCAAGAGAUUGCUGUGGCUGUUGGUCAAAUAUUAACCUGAA